ACCAACUUCUCAUCAUCAGCCAAGUGUAAAGAGUGCGAAGAAGCAGUAGCAAAAGGAUUCCAUUCUCGUGUUCUUGGAGUGGUCCAUCGAUCGAGCUCCGUGAAAGAGAGAGAGAGAGAGCAAGCAAUGGCGACAGCAGGGAAGGUGAUCAAGUGCAGAGCCGCCGUGGCGUGGGAGGCCGGCAAACCGCUGUCCAUCGAGGAGGUGGAGGUAGCGCCGCCGCAGGCCAUGGAGGUGCGUAUCAAGAUCCUCUACACCGCGCUCUGCCACACCGACGUCUACUUCUGGGAGGCCAAGGGGCAAACCCCGGUGUUCCCGAGGAUCUUAGGACACGAAGCGGGAGGCAUCGUGGAGAGCGUCGGAGAGGGCGUGACCGAGCUCGCGCCAGGCGACCACGUCCUCCCGGUGUUCACCGGCGAGUGCAAGGAGUGCGCCCACUGCAAGUCGGAGGAGAGCAACAUGUGCGACCUCCUCAGGAUCAACGUCGACCGCGGCGUGAUGAUCGGCGACGGUAAGUCCCGCUUCACCAUCAGCGGGCAGCCCAUCUUCCACUUCGUCGGGACGUCCACCUUCAGCGAGUACACCGUCAUCCACGUCGGCUGCCUGGCCAAGAUCAACCCCGAGGCGCCUCUCGACAAAGUCUGCAUCCUCAGCUGUGGUAUCUCGACCGGCCUUGGCGCGACACUGAAUGUGGCGAAACCAGCCAAGGGCUCGACGGUGGCGAUUUUCGGGCUUGGGGCUGUAGGCCUUGCUGCUAUGGAAGGUGCUAGACUGGCUGGUGCAUCAAGGAUCAUCGGCGUGGACAUCAACCCAGCAAAAUACGAGCAAGCUAAGAAAUUUGGCUGCACUGAAUUCGUUAACCCCAAGGACCACGACAAGCCAGUGCAAGAGGUGCUGAUUGAGCUGACCAACGGCGGCGUCGACCGCAGCGUGGAGUGCACCGGUAACAUCAACGCCAUGAUAUCCGCCUUCGAAUGUGUCCACGACGGCUGGGGUGUCGCCGUGCUGGUGGGUGUCCCGCACAAGGACGACCAGUUCAAGACCCACCCCAUGAACUUCCUCAGCGAGAAGACACUCAAGGGCACCUUCUUCGGAAACUACAAGCCCCGCACCGACCUGCCCAACGUCGUCGAGAUGUACAUGAAGAAGGAGCUGGAGCUGGAGAAGUUCAUCACGCACAGCGUGCCCUUCUCGGAGAUCAACACGGCGUUCGACCUGAUGCUCAAGGGGGAGAGCCUGCGCUGCAUCAUGAGGAUGGAGGAUUAGAGCUUCAUUGCAAGCUUGCUCCUCCUGCAGGGCAGGCAUGUCGCACAGCAAAUGGGCAUGAAAAGUUGAAGGCGCUCCAGUCCUCCAGCUUGUGUAGUACACAGUAGCAAUAAAACGUUAGUGUUUGUCCUGUGCCCAUCCUGUAUUAUUCUGUUCCAGGGUUUCACCUUUAUCGUCAGUGUGUGGUCAGGUUUCAACCCUUCUCAGAACAACCCCCUCCCAGAAAAAAAACAAAGGAAGAAGUUUGUGUCCAGGUUUCAGAAUCCCCUGUCUGUAAUUACCAUUUUGCAUGACAAUAAUGAGAUACUGUAGAUA